AAAUACAAAUUUUGAAUCAACAGAAAUUGUGCAAAAAAAAAAAUCAACAGCAAUUGCUCAUUUUUCUUUCAUCAAGCGCAAUAGUCUCUGGUUUUAUUUUAUUUUAUUUCCUCUCCUCCUCCUUGUAACCCGAACAAACUUAGCCGCCAGGGAUGACUGGACAUUGGCAACGACUUUAUUAUGAAUGCUAUCGUUGUUGUCUUUGCUCUAGAAGAGAUACCCAGGGGCGAAGUUUUAGAGAGAGAGAGAGAGAGUUUCCCAAAGUUAGAGAGAGAGAGAGAGAUGUGCACGUUAGAGAAGCGAGGCAACCUCUUCAUUUUAACACUAACCGGCAACGAUGAGCACAGGCUUAAUCCUACCCUAAUCGACGCCAUCAGAGCCGCUCUCCACCGUGUCCGAUCCGAGUCCACCACACCCUCCGCACUCAUCACCACCGCCCACGGCAAAUUCUUUUCCAACGGGUACGAUCUCGCCUGGGCCAAAACCUCCGGCGGUCCCACCACUACCAUUGCACACCGCCUCCGACUCAUGUCCACCAAAUUCAGGUCGCUCGUCAACGACCUCUUCUCGCUUCCCAUGCCGACGAUCGCCUCCGUCUCCGGCCAUGCCUCAGCCGCCGGCUACAUCCUCGCGCUGAGCCACGACUACGUCCUCAUGAGGAAGGACCGGGGCUUUCUGUACAUGAGUGAGGUGGACAUUGGGCUCAACAUUCCGGCCUGGUUCGUGGCUGUGGUCAGCUCCAAGGUCGGCUCGGGUAUGGCUCGGCGCGACGUUGUUUUGAGAUCGGCGAAGUUGACGGCGGAGGUUGCCGCCGAGAUAGGUAUUGUCGACUCGGCGCACGAUAGCGCGGAGGAGACGGUGAAGGCUGCAGUGAGAUUGGGGGAUGAGCUGGUGGCCAGGAAAUGGGAUGGACACGUGUACGGUCAGAUUAGGAGGAUUUUAUUUGCUGAUGUGUUGCGUUCCAUUGACUUUGACGAGUCUAUGGAAGAUGCGAUUGCGAUUGCCUCACGACUUUAAUUUA